UACGGAUUUACCCUCGAGACUCGAUGACAGCUGUCAAACAAUCCCGUAUUUACCUAACCAUUUCAUCAUUGUAAUUCAAUCUUAUAUGUAUUUAUUUUUUUCUUAUUUUCAGCAAAUAUAAUCCUCGCGGAUCAUGUUCCAAGAAUAAAAAGUUGGCUCCGAGUAAUAUCGAAAAUUUGGAAUAUGAAUUUCAAAAUGAUAAAAAGGUAUGGCCGAUCUGACGUGAAUCGCUCUUGUCAGCCGUUACCAUUUAAUCAUCAUUUCAUAUUGGUAUACGCAUACGAAAAUAUCGAUAAGAAGGAAUUCACAAAAAAAAAAAUAAUGGGGAAAAAAGAUCGGAAUCCAUGUUGGAGCGUUUGGAGUACAAACGUCAUCGCCCAUCGGCACCCAUCGGCAGCAUCAGAAAGUUAAGACAAAUUCCGGUUGAGGCUCUGAAGUAGCGAGUGGCCAUAACGGCGCCGCAGUUCACAGACGGCCUCCGAUCUGUCCAAUGUGACUAAGUUUAGUGGUUGUGGAUUUACGGAGUGAAAAAAAAUAAUAUUUCACAGUGAAAUUUAUUGAAUUUUUACCUAGCUUUGAAAAUACAGUGAUAAUGAGGGAUGUUGUCAAGUGCGAGAUCGGCUAAUCGGUGAAUACAGUGCAAAAAGGAAUUGAAUUGUAAAAGGAAAAAACGUUUUACUUAUUUUCUUUCUCCUCAAACAUGAGGUCGCUAAAGGGCUGCUGCAGUGUACCGUAGCAAGGAAGUCAUUGCACGUCGCUUGUACACUCGAUUAACGAAGAUAGGAAACCGAGUUUCAAAAUAUGACGUAUAAUCGACAAACGUAUGAUUCUAACGUACGAUGUUUACAAAGGAAUCAACAUUAACCGUAAAGUACAAGACCUGAACCUGCUGUGUUCCAAAUAAAAUCUCGUUCCCAACUGCACGUGCGUAAACGCACUACAUCGACAUUCAACAAGAGAAAAGCAACGAGUUGGAUUACAGACACAUGAACUGUUUGAAAUAACGUUGUUCAAAAAUAAAAAUUUUCAACUCACGGACUGAACGAAAGUUAAAUAAAUAAAAUAAACGAUCAACGCCGUAAAUUUUUGAUGAUCACGCAAGUGUGUAGACGUAACGAUUACAUAAUUACAGGUACAAUUAGUAGGAAAAAAACAAAUAAGAAAUUGACAAUAAAAUAUCACUGCUGUACGAUAGUAUAAUAUGGUAUAAUAUUGAAAAUUAAUAACAGAAAAUAAUCAAAUCCACUAUAAUUUAACCGGUGUUUUACUUCCGGAUCUCUAUAAUAUUACAGACAUAUCGUGCGAACAGGUAACUUCAUCAAAAGCAGUACCAGCAAUCGGUCCAAAAAGGUUGUGAAAAAAUAAAAUAAUUUGAAGAAAAAAAAAAAGCGAAACUGUAGUGAGGUGUGAAGAUACUGAGAUCAAAGUAAGGUGUUCGGUGAGAAGUGACAUGGCCUUCAUGAUGAAGAAGAAGAAGUAUAAAUUCUCCGUUGAAGUGGGCCUGGAAGAAUUGACCGCGGUGCCUUUUGUCAGCGCGGUACUUUUCGCCAAACUUCGUCUACUCGACGGUGGUUCAUUCGUCGAUCAUUCAACGAGAGAGGAGGUCCAAGAGCACACUGUACAAUGGAAUGCUAAGUUUGAAUUCCUCUGCAAAAUGAGUGCCAAUGCCUCGACAGGUGUUCUCGAUCCGUGUAUUCUGAGGAUAUCUGUAAGAAAGGAGGUCAAGGGAGGCAGGUCCUUCCAGAAGCUUGGGUUCACAGACUUAAACUUGGCGGAGUUUGCCGGCGCUGGUCAAUCUAGACGGAGAUGUUUAUUAGAAGGAUAUGACGCCAGACAUAGACAAGAUAAUUCUAUGCUUAGAGUAGCUAUCCGGAUGAAUAUGUUGUCCGGUGAUAUAUUAUUCAAAGUACCUUCUCCGUCAUUGAAGCAAACACAGUUAGCAGUACCGGGUGUCCCUGGUAUUCCGGGAGUUGGAGCUGACGAAAGUAGUGGCCCAGAGAGAUGUGGCAGCCGAGAAGAUUAUGUUUCCAGUGGAUCAUUAGCAGGUAGCAUAGCUAGUGCGAGUAGUGGAUUUGGAAGUCUUCCGAAGAAAAGACCACCUUUGUUCGCUUCUGAACUGUUGAGCGGUGCAGAAACCUACGAUCCAAUGACAUUGAGUGAAGUUAUACCAUCAGCGAUACCUAUUGAAACGUUAACGGAGGCGCAUACUGAAUCUGGGCACUCAAGGAAUAGCAGCAAUACGAGUCAGCUUAGUAAAGGUUCAGGAUAUGGAUCGCUCAACUCACACAGCCAACAUAGCAGGCAAAGCAGCAGUGGUGAUAGUGGACAUAUUAGGUCACCUUCUUGGCCAGUAUGGGCGCCACGCCUUCCAACUGUUCCUCAAAAUCAAAAUUCCAACCAUAUCGAAUCAUCUCAUAAUCCGAUAUCACCCCCUUCCCCUAUCUUAACGCUAAUGGACCCUCGUUUUAAUACGUUUUGGUCUGAGAGAAGCCCAGUUUCAUCUAGAAAUACAGAUAUCGGGAGUAUGCAUAUCACCGAAAAUCCUGCUGCAAUUAACAAAAACGUCCGGGCUUCCAGUGACAAAUCUUUCGACAUACCAAACGGGGUGGGUCUCAAUUCGGCAAAGAACAACAACAAUGAUGUAAAGAAUAACAAUCCAUUGAGUAACUUUCAAUCAUCAUACUUCAAAGUCCCAAUGAUGAUGCGCAAGAAUUUGAGAAAUACUUCUAAAAAAAACAGUUCAAAUAAAUCAACAUUAAAUGAACUUGACGAUAAUUCAUCACAAACAACAUCUGGUAGUCUUAUUCAGCGAGGUAGUUCAAAGACUUGUGAUUGCAUAGAAAAGAAUCGAGUUAGUCCAGUUUUAGGUCUUGCUAAUCAGGCCAGGGCUGUAUCCUCUCCCGAUCCUCUUCAUAGACCUGACACUCCCAGAGCGUCUUUACUCUCUACGACAGCAUCUCAAAGGCUCAGGGGUAUCGGAGGUGGUCAUAGAAAAUUGCUGGAUGGGGCUGGUGGAAAACUAGCUACGGUAGCAACUAGCCCGGAUUCCGAGGAGCCCUCCGAAAUACUAGAGGCUACAGCUACCACUAAGCAGCGACGAAACAGCGUCACCCCACCGUCAGUCCAUGCCCUUGUAAAUCCUUCCGGUGGAUCAGGACUGAGUGAAACUGGCUCAUUGGAUCGAGCUAAAGCUGCACUUGAACGCAGAAAAAAGGCUGAAGAUGGCAACAUCAAUUCCAUUCUGUGCCGAGUUGAAGUGACAAGGCCGAAUGCUAAUUCUCUAGUUAAUGAACUUUUCAAAGCAACAAAUCUAGAACAGUCAGAUCUCGAUAGUGCCGAAACAUCUGGCUUACAGUUAUUCAUAGCUAAGGAUGGUACUACAGCACUGGGUAGUCAUGAGGUGAAAAGUCAAAUGCCAGCAGGUGUGUUUAAACAAGUAGUUAUGGAAGAUAACAACAGGUAACACGAAAUCAACUUGACACGUCGUCAACACUCGCGCCACGUCACAACUACAUUUUCACUUGCACUGGUGCCAGAGUUGGUCUACGAAGCCUAUGAGCCCAGGUAGUGAUAAGACUAAAAUAGCCACUCAACUAAAUGCUGAUUUAACUUAUACUCUGGUCCAGGGUGAUGAAUACUCAGAAAUUAUUGAUAUAGAAAAUAUUUUCAAAUCGAUAACUUAUUUGCAGCGUUCAUUCGAGGCAAUGAAAUAGCAUCAUCUCAAUAACUAGUAGUAAAUGUCGAUAAUUUUAUUCGUGGUUGAUAAUACGGUUAUCCAUAGUGGAAUGAAAACGAAAUGAUUUCUCUAGAAUUCAUCGUCCUUAAACCGUCUUUUUUUAAGUUACUUGUUAUCUUGAAGGAAAUUUUGGAGAGAAUAUAUUGCAUUAUGAUUUGAUUUUCACAAAAGACUGCAUCCGUACUGCAAUGUAUGGUAUUUUUUCAGUACCCAAUAAUUGGGUAUGAGAGUAUCUGCUUCCCCCAUAGACUUUGAAGAAACAGACAAUGAUUGGGUUUUUUGUUUUCAAUUUUGAUUUGAAACUGGAACUUUAGAAUCCUAAAUAUGCAAAUAUUCUCUUCUCAAGACCUACCUUAGCAGUAUCAUUUGUUUUAUUGACAAUUGGAGGAAGUAGUGAUGUCUGAAAUGGCUUAUGUAUAAUAUAUCAGACCAAGGCUCCUAAAUUUAAGCAGCCUUCAUGAUUCGAGCAAUGCAUAGCUGCAGAAAGCAAUGUUGAUUUACUCCGAAAUUGAAAAGCAAAAAUGUGCUUAAACAAUAAAAUAAAUAUUUUCUUCCAUAAACAUGAAGCACAAGACGCCUCUGUGUUUCAAAGUGGAACGUUAGUCAAUAUUUAGCAAGAUAUUCACAUUUAAUAAACAUUAAUAGUUGUAUAAUGAUGCAACUUGGACAGAUGUGACAACUAAUGAAUGUUGAAGUAUUAAUUGAUAUGGAAGCUGUGUAUGCACCAACACGUCUGUCAGAUUUUCAACAAUAAUAAAUCAAGAAUUGUAUAGUUCAUAAUUAAUGUGACGUCAGUUUAUUUCAACCAUCCAGAUAGUAAUAUACGUGAACAUUAUUCUAAGAUUUGAUGUGACUGAAAAAAUCGAAUGUGAUUGAGUGUUGAAGGGUGUUCAAUAAAAUUUUACCGACAAAUAAAUACAUGUAUUGUAUAUAUGAUUAAAGCAAAAACAACCUAGCAACCUUGAUUACACGUAAUCAAACUGAAGUAUCUCUAGUUACGACUUUUAUUCAGAAAAAUUUUUACUCGUCACAAAAUUCAGACAUUGUAUUCUUAUAUAAUGAUAUAUUUUUAAAUUCAAAAUAUAUGGACUGUUGAUAAUUGGUUUCAGUAUUAACUGAAAUUUUAAGCGUUGGUGCAACCAGCUUUAUGAUAGCGAUUUGUAUAUAAAUAGAGUAGUAAUUGUUAUGUAGCUAAAUGGCAGGUGUUAUACAUUCUCUGUAUUUAAAACUAUAUAUAAAUAUACAUAAUUAUUAGUAUGAUAUUUAAAUUGGCUCACGUGUGUCAGUGUGUGAAAUUCGAACGUGUGUGUGGAGUAGUAAUCAGUUUCCGUAUUUUCAGUCUGAAUUAUACAUUCGCAAACUCAAUAUAUCAUACGAUAUUAUCAUUUAUAUGAUGAAAAACAUGUGAAAUCGUAGAAACAUUGUUCACAUCUGCUAUUCGCAAGGUAAUCGCGUUAUUCAUCAACAAUGAUUGUUGUCAGUGAACGACAGGAGUAGAUCGGUUAGUUAACUGUUAGAGUCUCAUGAUUUUUGACAUGAAGGUGAAAUAUCCACAAGUUGCAACGCAUAAAUUUAGUUCUAUUAGUUUUCUAAAUUUCAUGCAUUUAUUGCAACAAUAUACCUACUCAUGAUAUAAAUUUCAACAACGAUUACUGUGGCGAUUCAUGUCGCUCAUUAUUUUUGCUAUGAAUCAUCAAGCUCCAAUUAUUAAUGUGACAAUGUUGAAACGUUGAUACCAGUGUUACAGCUCGAGAAUAAUUAUUUAUUAAACCGUAUACUUAGAUAAUAAAUAAUGAUUAAUGUCGAAGGAUAGAUAUAAUUUUUCUCUUGUAUAUAAUAAAUAUAAUUGAUAUAAUUUUUUUUUUUUGUUACUCAACGCCAAGGUCCAGGCCACACUACAGAGUGUUUCAAACAAAAAUGCAUCUCUACUGAUUUGAACACUAACUCAUCAAAAAUCACAUUGGUGAUUUGUAUUACCUUAUGAACACUGCUGAGAAUGUACAUGAAAAUUAAAAAACAAAAAAUUGAUAAAAAAACAUUUUUCUUACAAUUAUAUAAUUACGUUUGACUUGUGAAACAAAUGUUAAGUGUUGUGAUAUUUUACAUGAUUGUAAUAAUUAUGAUUACUGGUAUUAUUAUUGUAUUACAAUAUUAUUUUUAAAGCUCUGGCCCGAAUAUUUUGCAAAGAGAAUGAUUCUCCACACAAAUUUUUCGAUUAUUUUCUAUUAUUUACUGCUGUUGACACUUCAUGUAUCUAAUUCUGCCGGAGAAAGAGAACUUCCAUGUGCUGAUAAUAAGAUAACACGCUGAAAACCA